AUGGACCACGAGGGGGCGCACGAGGACCACGGCAUCCUCGUUGCCCGUAGCAACCGCCAUACUCGGGCCUGGGAGGUUGUGAACAACAGCAGCAAAAUGGCCUGGAAACUCCUGUACUCCUUGGUCCCUGAGUUGGGGAGGAAUGUCGCCAUCUCCGCCAGUCUGUCCGUGGAUCUAAGCACUGUCCCCCCUACUCUGGGCUCCUCUGUGGCGACCACUGCCCUAGAGCAACUCUUUGCCAUAGAACAAUCUCUGAAAAGUGACGAUUUUAAAUGCAAUGAAGAAGCUAGGAUCUUUCUCAAGGACAUUGCUGUAGCUGUUAAACAACUGGAAGAAAUGAGAAAGAACACAAUCGAUCUUUUGGAAAUUGAGAGUAUGGAACUGAGCAGGCUGUACUUCCUGCUGGAGACGGUACCUGCUAUCAUUAACAGGGAAAUGGAAGAGUGUGUCAGAGAUGCUCGCAAAUUAAAUGUUUCUGAAACGAAAGAAAUAGUGAGGAGAAUUGUAAACAUGGAUAAUGAAAUAGCGUUUCUAAAGAAGAGCAUACAGGAGCUGAAUCGUAUGAAUGAAUCUCUACAUGAAAGGCAAGAAGGGCUGGCAAAGGAACAUCAAUAUUUUGUCCAGAACCUCAACGGCACAAUGGAAGAAAAAGCUAUGGUUAAUGUUUUCAUAAACGAGACCUAUCACACAAUCAGUAAAAAGAAAGAAGAAGUAGCGGAGCAAAAACAAUGGAUACAAGACACACACUGUGUAAUGGAAAAACAUGAAUCACAAUAUUUAUUAAAAAAAGAGGAAAUACAGACAAAGAUAAGUGAAAUCAAAACUCAGUGUGAAACUAAGAGGAAGGAGACUUACAUAAGGAAGAAAAUACUCGAUAGAUUAAAAACAAAAAUAAGGGAAAUGAAUCAAACAGUUACUGCUACCUCAGAGGAUGUUAGUGAGCACAAUUUAGAGACAUCACGAUUACAGUCAGCAAUAAAGACCUGGCAAGAGCAGGUUGAAAAUAUGAAGAAAGCUUGUACUGUUAUGGACGGAAAAAUGAAAUUUUUUGCAAAACACAAGGAACAAAUAGACAUAACAACUACUAAUGAAAAAAGUGAAUAUAUGAAAAAGAUAAAAGAGGUGCUAACAGACAUGCAGAAAGCCCAAGUUGAGAACAAAGAUCUACGUGGGAAUAUGUUUAUUGUUUCCAGACAACAUAAGAAUUUCUUAAGUGAUGAGGAAAAAGCUUUUAUGCAAUACAAGAAGCUCUAUGAAGAAAACCAGAAACAAAUAGCAUUUAUUGCUGAGAAAGAAAACUUCUUAUCACAAAGAAAAAUAGACAUCAAAAACAUGGAAGAAGGACUCACUGCACUUGAAGACCUUCACCAAGCAACAAAUGACAUAUAUCGAGAACAAAUAAAAAUCCUAGGGGAUAACCUGGAAAGAGAAAAUCAGAGAUCUGUUAUAAAUCAGUGGAAAAUAGCGUGUGCGAGAAAAAGGCAUCAACGUUGGCUGACUGGUCUCAAGGGUGAGCUAAAAGAUAUUGCACAGCAAAUUGAGGAGGCAGAACUGAAACGAAUUGACUUAUUGGAAGAGACCACACAGAGACAAGAAGAAAUCGAAGAAUUUGUGGCUGAGAUCGAAAGACUUUCAGUAGCAUUAAAAGAGGAGAAGCACAAAUUUGUUCGCAAACAGAAAAGGUUAUUGAAAGAGUUAAACAUGUAUGAGGUAAUUUUUGUAUUGCAUCUAAGUACCACCAUAGUGCGGCCAAUGAUGGAAUACUCGCCUGAGAGUGAGGCCAAUGAGUCUUCGAUGGACACUUUGGCUAGGAUUAAAGUGAGGACCUGCACUGGUACAUCCUUGUGUAUUAUCUCCAAACUGAUGGACAUGGAAUCCAUGCUGGCCUUCAGUCAAUCCUCACAACAGCAGGAGGCUGCUUUAUUGAAGAACAACAUUUAUCAGUUUACAAAGGACAUUGCAAGAUACUUUAAAAACAUGGAGAAAGUGAAAACAGACUUAAAAGGCACACGAGAAGAAGAAAGCAGGAAAAUCAAAAGUCAUUAUGAAUGUCUAAGGAAGUUAGAAAUUGAAAUCCAGACCAACGAUGAUAAAGUAAACAUUUUGACUACCGAAAAUGAAAAAAUUAGAAAACAUAUGGCCUACUUGCGGAAUGAAGCAGAUAACUACAAGAAAGGAAGAGAAUUCCUUGGGCAAAGUUCCAAUGACCUGUCUUGGCAGCUGUUAGCUCAGCAAGCAAGAUACACAGAUUUGUGGGCAGAAUUUCAGGCCACAGUUAAGGACUCAGGGCGUAAUGGUGAAGAGAUCUUGCAAGAACUAGCAACUCUAAUAAAGAAACUGAAGGAGAGGGAUGAAAGCAUCGAAAACAUGAGUAGGUGGCUCGAAGGGAAUAUUAAAAAGCUACGUCUCAUCAUGAAGGAGGAAUUACCAGAGGACCGUCGAACCAUAAUAUGA